CGAAGCGGCCCCGGCGGCGCGGCGCUCCCGGGGCUCCGGUGCUUGGCGUGGCCGCGGGGCUCGGUGCGGGGCGGCGGGGGCGCGGGGCCGGCGCGCGCCGGGCCAGGAGUGACCGCAGGGUCCCCGGGCGGCCUCCGCCGCGCUCGGCUUCGCCGCCGCGACCCGGCCGGGCCCGCACCCCGGAGCCGGCUCGGUCCGUGAGGCGGCCCGGGAGCAGGCGGGCGGCGCGGAGGAUGCUGCGGGCCCGCGGCCGCGGGGAAGGCGCGGGCUCGGCCCAGUAGGCGCGCGGGGAGCCAGAGGCCCGGCCCGGCCCGCAGCCGAUUCGGGCGGAGCGCCCAGCGCAGGCAGAGCCGCCCGGCCCGCCCGGCCCAGCGCCCGGCCCGCCAUGUCCUCCGCCAGGUUCGACUCCUCGGACCGCUCGGCCUGGUACAUGGGGCCCGUGUCUCGCCAGGAGGCGCAGACGCGGCUCCAGGGCCAGCGCCACGGCGUGUUCCUGGUGCGCGACUCGUCCACCUGCCCCGGGGACUACGUGCUGUCCGUGUCCGAGAACUCGCGGGUGUCCCACUACAUCAUCAAUUCGCUGCCCAACCGCCGCUUCAAGAUCGGGGACCAGGAGUUCGACCACCUGCCGGCCCUGCUGGAGUUCUACAAGAUCCACUACCUGGACACCACCACGCUCAUCGAGCCGGCGCCCAGGUAUCCGAGCCCCCCGAUGGGGUCUGUGUCAGCACCCAGCCUGCCUGCAGCAGAAGAAAAUCUGGAAUACGUACGGACUCUCUAUGAUUUUCCCGGGAACGAUGCCGAAGACCUGCCCUUUAAGAAGGGUGAGAUCCUGGUGAUUAUAGAGAAGCCGGAGGAACAGUGGUGGAGUGCCCGGAACAAGGAUGGCCGGGUGGGGAUGAUUCCCGUCCCGUACGUGGAAAAGCUGGUGAGGUCCUCGCCGCACGGAAAGCACGGGAAUAGGAAUUCCAACAGUUAUGGGAUCCCGGAGCCUGCGCACGCGUACGCGCAGCCUCAGACCACGGCUCCUCUGCCUGCCGUUGCCAGCACUCCUGGGGCAGCGGUCAACCCUUUGCCAUCCACACAGAAUGGACCUGUCUUUGCAAAAGCAAUUCAGAAAAGAGUGCCCUGUGCUUAUGACAAGACCGCCCUGGCGUUAGAGGUGGGCGACGUCGUGAGAGUGACGAGGAUGAACAUCAACGGGCAGUGGGAAGGCGAGGUGAACGGGCGCAAAGGGCUCUUCCCCUUCACCCACGUCAGGAUCAUCGACCCCCAGAGCCCGGAGGAGAGCGAGUGACGCUGCUGCCUGCUCGUCCUGCCCCCCACGCGCCCCCACGCGGGAGGCGUCCUCUCGGGCGGGUCACACGCGCUGCUGACGUCCAGCUUCUGCAGCGGGCCGCCUCCCCCAUCGGAAUGCUCGGGGGGGCGCCCGGCAUUUGUAUCAUAGUCGUGUCGUCAAAGAGUAGCUGAUUUUAGAGUCUUCGGAUCACGAACUGGAAACAUGGGUGGAUGCAGGCAAGCGGGAAGAGGCGCUGAGAACAGGGCUCCCUUCUGGCCGGCGCCGCGCCUGUCCCCGGGCUGCCCGCGGGUCCCUGCCGCUGGGAGCCCCGAGCGGUGCCGUCGCCGGCGUGGGACCCUUCGGAAGAGGGACGUCUGCCCUAAAUUCCCCGCGUCUGGCUUUUCUUUUCUUUCUUUUUUCUUUUUUCCCCUCUGUUGUUUGGUUUGGUUUUAGAUGACUUAAUUAAUUAGACUUGUGUGUUCUGAACAGGUUUUUAAGGAGCAGGUUAGAUUUUGUGGUGAGACGAGGGAUGCCACGUGCCCCUGAAGCCGCUGUGACUGCAGGAGCCCGAGACGCGGAGCCCUGAGGCAGAGGCCUGUAUGUCUCGGUUGCCGGGAGUACCUUGCAUUGCCAGAUGGCAGACAGCCGCCGCCACCCAGCCGCUGCGGGCGUCCGAGCUGCGUGCACGGCCUCUUGGACGACGUCCCCAGGGCCGGCAGAGUGGCGGUGAUUCACCUCGUUGGCGAGAGACGGGAGGCGUGCCUGGCCGGCUUCCUGUCCAGCCCUUCAGUGAGUGCGCCCCUUGAAAGUAUAGGACCCCAGUUUCCUUAAAAAGUCAUUGAAUUCACUCAUGAAUCUUUACGUUCCUCGCGCUGAGGCCCAGGGCGGCCUGCUCUGCAGGCUCCGCAGGCUCCUGGGAGAGACGUGCCCUCGUGCUGCCUCCGCGGCCGUGUCUGCCCCACUCUCCAGCGCGACGCUGAGGCUCUGCGCCGGGGUGGCUGCAUCUGAUGUCUAAUCGAGUGUGUCGCGAACCAUUACUGAUUUGAUGUGAAGGUUUCCCUGUCGGCUGCACGAGGCCUGUUCACGUGCGCCAGCCGGCACCCGAGUGUGACAGAUCCCGCGUCCGCGGCGCACGGCCAGCUGGAGUUGUGGAACCUUCGUGCAGUUCAGUGUGCCCUCCUCCUGGGCCCUGGUGAAGACCGGCCUCAGCAGAGAAUGUGUCCAGCAGCUCUGGGGGUGUGGCCGCAGCGUGAUACGGAACGGUCCUCCCUGAGCAUCUGCUAUACCUCGGCCCCGGCUCCCAGGGGUCUUGGGGUCUGAGGCUCAGAGCAGUUAUUCUGGUGACAGAACCAGCAAGGCCACCAUGUUUCAAUUUUUCUUUAAUCUCGUUCCGUCAGGUUGGUAAGCGUCAUGUUAGAGAAUCCUGGGAGUGUUCAGGUGGCCGCGUCCCCGUGUGGCUCUCCUGGGAAGGGCGUCCCUGAGGGCCCCUCCGCCCAGUGAGCGCUGUGGCUGCCUCUAGCUCCCCAGUGCCCGCCCGUUGCCGUCGCCUCCUGUCCUGAGCCUGGCCCAGCCUCGCCCCACGGCGCGUGGCAUGUGUGUGGCAGGGUCCCUGCCCUCUGCCUGGGGGUGACGCCUGCCCUGUCGCCUGUAACCCGGUACCUGAGGGGGUCCGUCCCAGAAGGGGGGGGCAUGUGCCUUGUCCAGAGAGGGCACACACCCUGAGGCUUUGUUAAACCACAUUCUACCGAGAGGCUGGGCAGCGUUUGAUGGCAGUAGUUGGCUCAAGUACAAGAAGCAUGUGGCCUUUUGGAAAGCAAGGUUCCCCUGCAGCCGUGUCUGCUGACAGUAGACAGCGGGGUGCCUGCAGGAUCUGAACACACUGAACACCUAGGUUUCUCCCAGGGGCGUCUCUUCAGUCCUUCAGCCCAGGUGCACGUCUCCAGGGCUGCCCCGGAGCCCAAGAUGAGGUGAGCCUUGAGCUCUGAGCUCGAGGUGUGUGCCAAAAGCAGUACCUUUUGGACUUAGAACCUUGUGAGUUUUUUAAUCAGGUAGGGGAAUUUUUUUUUUCACACUAAAUAUACAAGAAACAGCCCCCUGCCUCGGCGUUGGGCCUGGGCUCCCCAGGGGUCUGGGAAGGCUCUGCUUCAGAAAGCGACUCAGAGCUUCCCUCCUGGCGGCUUCCUCUGAGGACUGUCCUCUGUUGCUACUUGCGCUGCUCUGCUGUGUGUCACUUAAACCGUGGGCAAGAGAGCAAAUGAUGUGCUAAAGGCAUUUGACAGUUGGAUUAAAAACUUCUCCUGCGAAGGGGGUCAUGCCUGUCACCCCUGCCGCGGUGCCGCCGCCCGGCCACGCAGCUAACCAAGAGGAGGCCGUGUGGACGGGCUGCCCUGGGAUGGCUCUGUCACCCGGACGGGACCCUGAGAGGGAGGGCGGCCAGCUGCUGCCUCCCGGGCCCGAGCAUCGGCCUGUGCGGACUUCCUGCUCCAGCUCUUUACGCACCAGGCAGCCGGGCCGGCGGCCGCUGCUCUUGUAACAUUUGCUCAGAAGAAUACGAACAUUCUAUUUUUGAAAAGGGGUGGUGUUUUUGUGCCAGGUGUUUAUAAUUUAACCCUUUAAUAUUAUGCUCAUUAACCUUAAAAUGAGUGAACCCUGAUUGUUUUCACACCGAACCUGAGACACCCCCGAGCUCGCCCUCAGCCUGCAGCCGGGGGGCCGGAGGCCUGCAUCCCCCCGUGGCUGCGCUGGGGGUGGCCCAGCAGCGGCCGAGCUGGGCGUGCGCUCGCGGAGGGAGAGGGCAGUCCUCUGAGACAGGGUCGCGGCCUCUGCGGGGGGAGCAGUGGCCUUGCUUCUGGAUGGUCUUCACUGUGUGUUUCAAAACGACAACAACGCAACACAAAACUCUUUUGACCUGUAACUUAAAGAUCGUAAACUUCAGGCAAUAAUAUUUUCUGUGUAGCUUUUAAAAUUAUUUUUGGGGAUCAUAGCUUGUUUUAUUUUGUGCUAUAAAAUUAACAGUAUUAAAUGACUUAUAUUCUUAGAAUACAUGGAGUGUCUUUUCUUAACAGAUCAGUGCCUUUUUAUUUUUGUAUUCCAUUUUACGUUACUGGUCCCGGCAUCAGACCCUUGUUUCCAUGGCCUGUUUGUACAUUGUCUCAAUAAAACUUGCAUCAGCCAGUGGUGGCAGCGGC